AUGGACAUAUUCCAAGAUGCAAGGUUACUAGAUGCCAAAACCACUACUCAUCCUAUGGUAAAAAAUCUCAAAUUAAAUGUUGAUAUUGACCCUUCACUUUUAGGACAAGAGAAGUAUAGAAGCUUAGUAGGAAGACUUCUCUAUCUCAACUUAACUAGACUAGACAUCACACAUGCCGUUCAAGUUUUAAGUCAAUUUCUUCAACAACCUCGAGCCCUACACUGGAAUGUUGUUGUCCAUUUGCUCAAAUACCUCAAGGGUACCCCUGCCAAGGGAUUGUUUUUCUCUAGUCACAAUGAUUGUGCAUUGAGGGUUUAUUUAGAUGCUGAUUGGGCAAAUUGUCCUAUGACUAAAAAAUCCUUAACUGGAUACUGUGUCUUUCUUGGUCCAACUAUUGUAUCAAAAGCAAAAUACCAUUAG